CAAGAUAUGUGAAACUUACCCUUUCAAAACUCAUCCUUUAUUCAUUCCCAUCAGCUCUACUGGAAAAGCCAGUGUCUCAUACACCAUCCCUGACACUAUCACUGAAUGGAAAGCCAGUGCCUUCUGUGUGGAAGACUUGGUUGGAUUCGGUGUGUCUGUGCCUACCACUCUGAUAGCCUUUCAGCCUGUCUUUGUGGACCUGACCUUGCCAUACUCUAUCAUCCAAGGAGAAGAUUUCCUUCUUAGAGCCAAUGCGUUCAACUACCUUGACCACUGCAUUAAGAUUCAUGCUAUGCUGUCAGAUUCCCUUGAUUACCAGGCCAAACUCAUCUCACCAGAGGAUGAUGGAUGUGUAUGUGCCAAACAAAGAAAAACCUAUGUCUGGAAUAUUUCCCCCAAAGAAACUGGUAAUGUAGUAUUCAGCAUUACCGCAGAGACCAAGGAUGAUGAAGAUUGUGGAGACAAAGCACCUAGGAACAUCAGUAUUGACUACAGGGACAGACAGAUCAGAACAUUGUUGGUUGAGCCUGAAGGCAUCAGAAGGGAAAAGACCCAAACCUCCCUAAUCUGUACAAAAGAUGAUGUAGCUAUUCAAGAUGUUGCUCUAGAUCUACCUACAAAUGUGGUGAAAGGAUCAGCCAGAGCUUCCUUUUCUGUUGUUGGCGACAUCAUGGGCACUGCCAUGCAAAAUGUGCACCAGCUCCUCCAGAUGCCAUUUGGCUGCGGGGAGCAGAACAUGGUCCUGUUUGCACCCAACAUCUACGUCCUGGACUACCUGAACAAGACAGGGCAGCUGAGCAAAGAGGUCAAAUCCAAGGCCAUUGGAUUCUUAGUGAGCGGCUACCAGAAGCAGCUGUCAUACAAACAUCCUGAUGGGUCCUACAGCAUCUUUGGCACCAGAGAUAAAGAAGGGAACACCUGGCUCACUGCCUUUGUGUACAAAUCAUUUGCACAAGCUAGUCACUUCAUCUAUAUCGAUGACAAUGUCCAGGCUCAAACCCUGAUGUGGCUGGCAAGCAAACAGAAACCAGAUGGCUGUUUCCGAAGUGUUGGGACACUCUUCAAUAAUGCCUUGAAGGGAGGAGUAAAUGAUGAGCUGUCGCUUUCUGCCUACAUCACCAUUGCCAUGCUAGAAGCUCAUCACUCCAGCUCGUACCCUGUAUUCCGAAAUGCCUUUUUUUGUCUGGAGACCGCAUCUGAGAAGAGUAUCGAUGAUGUUUACACUCAGGCACUCAUGGCCUAUGCUUUCUGCUUAGCUGGCAAGGCAGAAAAAUGUGAAUUAUUCCUCAGAGAGUUACAGAAAUCAGCAAAGGAAGCUGAUGGCUCACAGCACUGGGAGAAGGAGAAGACGUCUUCAUCAGAAAAAUCUCCCUCUUUCCUUGACCAUGCUCCAUCAGCUGAAGUUGAGAUCACCAGCUACGUGCUGUUGGCAUUGCUCUACAAACCCAACCGGAAUCAAGAGGAUCUCACAAAGGCCUCAAAGAUUCUGCAGUGGAUCAUCAAGCAGCAGAAUCCCUAUGGAGGUUUCUCUUCUACCCAGGACACAGUCAUUGCUCUUCAAGCCCUUGCUGCUUAUGGGGAGGCCACCUACAAUUCUGUUACACAAAAUGUAGUGAAGAUCACUUCCAAAAAGUCUUUUGAGAAGGUAUUUGUUGUAAGCAAUGUGAACAGGCUUCUGCUGCAACAGACUCCCCUUACUGAGGUCCCUGGGAAAUACAGCCUGACAGUGAAUGGCAGUGGAUGUGUACUUAUGCAAACAGUACUGAGAUACAACAUUUACCUUCUAGAGGGGGCCUUUGGAUUUUCACUCUCAGUACAGACAUCGAAUGCUUCCUGCUCACUAGAUCAACCAGCAAAAUUUGACAUUGUCCUUGUAAGCAGUUACACAGGGAAGCGCAGCAGCUCCAACAUGGUCAUUAUUGAUGUGAAGAUGCUCUCUGGCUUUGUUCCUGUUAAAUCAUCCCUGGAUAAGCUCAUUAACAGUCGCAAAGUGAUGCAAGUGGAAAACAAGAAAACCCAUGUUCUGCUUUAUCUGGAAAAUCUCUCACAGAAGAAAAGAAAAGAAAUCACUUUCUCAGUUGAGCAGGACUUUGUAGUGACCCAUACCAAGCCAGCCUCUGUGCAGAUCUAUGAUUACUAUGAAACAGAAGAGUAUGCUGUUGCUCAGUAUACGUCACCUUGCAAAGAGACUGUUGCAGAAAUGGACUAA